AUGUCUCAAGUACGAUCGUUUUUACGUGUUUUGACUUGUCAGAUGGCUCUUCCUCUUCGCGUGCUCAAAGCUUUGGGUGUUCACACCACGAUUAUUACAAGCGCCGCCGGUGGGCUUAACCCUGAUUACCGCGCGGGUGACAUUGUAAUUGUGAAGGACCACAUUAAUCUAAUGGGCGUACUCGGGACGAAUCCGCUUGUGGGACCAAAUGAUGAGAGGUUAGUUCCCGUUAUUUUGUAAAACUUUUUAGGUUCGGUCCUCGGUUUGUGGCCUUAUCAAGAGCCUAUACAAAGGAACUGCGCGACAUAGCCAAGUCUGCCGGUGCCAGCCUAAAUCCUCCGAUAGACUUACAGGAAGGUGUAUAUUUACAAGUCUCAGGACCGUGUUUCGAAACCAUUGCGGAAGCAAAGCUAUUUCGCUCAUUCGGCGCUGAUCUUGUUGGUAAAUAACACUUCGACAUUCCUCAAAUUGUCACAUUUAAAUCCGUCUUGAUUCGGACUAUUUUUCCUUAGAGCGAGGAGGUUGCGACAAACGCGAUCUUAAGCCUUAAGUAUUGAUGCUGCUUGCCUAGCUUAGAUCGUGCGAGUCUUUUAUUCGAAGCUUCUUUGAUCGAGAAUUAUUUUCCACGGAUAUAUCAGUCUUUUGGGCGAUUGCAAAUUAUCGAGGUUGUUCAUCCGAAUUGUAGUCAGUAUGCUGACGUAACUAUGCAGCAUUGAACCCGAACUCGAACUACUAGGCCGGUAAUUUCAUAUGUCAUAUUUCUGGACGCUUCUCUCUAACACCUUCCUCUGUGGUUGCAUUUUUCCGUUUAACACUUCAAUUAACCAUUCCAGAAACAAAUGAAAUGGGUUUUGGGUUAUCAACGAACAUUUCAGUUGAUUGUUAUUUUAUUUAACUUCCAAAUUUUCGUUUUUAAAACAAACUACCCCUCGACCUGCACUUACGUUUGUGUUCUUGUGUUGUAUGGGGACUAACUUUAGGUAUGAGUACCGCAAAUGAGGUCGUUACGGCUGUGCAUGCAGGUCUGGACGUCCUUGCGAUUUCCCUCAUCACCAACAAAGUCGUCGUAGACGAGCUUUCCACUGAAGAGGUCAGCCAUGAGGAGGUACUUGCCGUGGGUGAAGAAAGAUUAGAAGCCAUGGAGCGCCUGAUAGCUGAAAUAAUCAAACAUCUUCCUUGA